UCUCGGUCCAAGACACGUCCCUCAGCCCGCCUCUCGUAUUCAAUGCCACUUGGGUUUCGAAGACUGGCUAUAAAAACCUCGCCGGAAAAUAGCUUUUAUUUGGAUUUUUCCGUAUAAUUUCCUUGUCUAAGAUGUUUCGCGUUCUAAGUCGUGGGCUAGGGCUCGCUGGUCGAGUGUCGUCGAGGUAUAUUUCUACCACGAUUCCUAUUUCAGCACAAGCGACCUCGAAAAUAUCCGACUCAGCUGGCCAAUACAAAAGCCCAGAGGAUUUCUUAGAGACUGUGCGCCGCAAGAAUCCAGGAGAAGCUGAAUUUCUUCAGGCUGUCCAGGAAGUUGUUGACUCCAUCUGGCCUUACCUACAAGAGCACCCUGAAUACUUUAAUGCCAACAUCCUGGACAGGAUUGUUGAGCCAGAAAGGGUAGUAAUAUUCCGUGUCCCAUGGAGGGAUGACAGCAACAACAUCAGAGUUAACAGAGGCUUCCGAGUAGAGUUCAACUCUACUAUCGGCCCAUACAAAGGUGGCCUUCGAUUUCAUCCAACUGUAAACCUGGGAAUUCUCAAGUUUUUAGGUUUUGAGCAAGUUCUGAAAAACAGCUUGACAACACUUCCACUUGGUGGAGGCAAGGGUGGGUCUGACUUUGACCCAAAAGGGAAGUCAGACCAUGAAGUGAUGAGCUUCUGCCAGUCAUUCAUGACUGAACUUCAACGCCACAUUGGCCCAAACACAGAUGUGCCAGCUGGGGAUAUAGGAGUUGGUGGCAGGGAGAUUGGCUUCUUGUUUGGGCAGUACAAGCGGAUACGUAAUGAAUUCACUGGAGUACUGACAGGAAAGUCUGCACUCUGGGGAGGUAGCCUCCUAAGACCAGAAGCUACUGGAUAUGGUUUGGUCUAUUUCACAGCAGAAAUGCUGGCCACAAAAGGUGAUAGCUUGAAGGGAAAGAACGUCACUGUCUCUGGGUCUGGGAACGUGGCCCAGUUUGCCACAGAGAAGGUCACACAGCUUGGAGGCAAGGUCGUGUCACUGUCUGAUUCCUCAGGUACCGUGUACGACCCUGAUGGUAUAACCAAGGAAAAGCUUGCCUUCAUCACCAACCUGAAGAAUGUAAAGCGGGGGCGCAUCAGUGAGUAUGCCACUAAGUAUGGUGUGGAAUUCCAUGAGGGCAAGCGGCCAUGGUUCCUCAAGUGUGAUGUUGCAUUGCCCUGCGCCACACAAAAUGAGGUCAACAAAGAAGAUGCAGAAAUGCUGGUCGCCAAUGGAUGCUUCUGCGUAGCGGAGGGUGCCAACAUGCCAUCAGAGCCUUCGGCUAUCGAGGUCUUCCAGAAGGCCAAGAUCCUCUAUGGGCCAGGCAAGGCAUCUAAUGCAGGGGGCGUGGCUGUGUCCGGUCUAGAGAUGAGUCAGAAUAGUCUGCGCAGCUCCUGGAGCCGAGAGGGAGUGGAUGAGCGUCUGCACGACAUCAUGGAGAACAUCCAUGGCACGUGCGUACAGUAUGGUACCUCCCCUGACGGCGACUAUGUGGACUAUGUCAAGGGGGCGAAUGUGGGAGGUUUUAUCAAAAUCGCACAAUCCAUGGUCGAGCAAGGCGUCGUUUGAUGUUCAAGUGCAAAGAGAUAAACAUAGCUUUAGUAUUAACCAAUUUCCAUAACCUUGAGGUAGACAAAGAUGCAUAGAAUUUGAGUUUUAAGUUUUAGGUCUUUUCCAAUUUCUCAAAAUAGACACCAAACUAAAGCACAUACUGUUAUGCGUGAUAUGAUUCGACGAACUGUGGAUAUUUUUGUCGAUCCAUAUAGAUGAUAGAUAUCUCUAGAUUUUUGUUUGCUCACAAGAGGACCUUCAGUAUAUUCUCCAGCGGACCAUACUGGAGGCUCAAGACCUUUCACUGUAGCACUAGUCUGCAACACAGCCGUGCUGACCUCUGUAACACAAAGGCCUUACUGAGCACAAUCCCUUUGUGGAACAGGUCUUGGCGUCUACAUGAGAGCUAGUGGCAGUUUAUACCGAAAUCCUUCCCACAUUUGAUAGGAGUUAUGGACAAGAAUAAGUGUGCUGUGUUUUUUUUCUUCGGUCGCCAAGAUCAGCCUAGGCAUGUACAGUGGCUGUUUCAAGGACGGCUGUUGAAUUAAACCACCCUUUCGAGGCAGAAUGUUGGUCCUUAGAGGCAGACAUUCAAGGCUUUGGGAUACUUUGGUAAUUUUUUUAUAAAGUGAACCUUUCUUUAGAAAAUCCUAGAUCCUCAACUGAUACAGUGGGUUUUUGAGAGCGAUCGAAAAGUAAGCUGGUGUAUGCGGUGGUCUUUUGUUACGAUAAAGUUCUAGCUUUAGAUUUGGUUUUGUAGUAAAACUAAAAAAGUAGGUAGUGUAUUAGUUUUGUUAUAAAAAAAUCAUUUUCCUUAAAAAGUCUUAUUUUGUCUAAUGUCUAAGUAUAAUGUAAUGAAACUAUAUAAACAUAUAAAAUAUGUAAGUGAAUAAUGCGAAAAAAAAGUAAAGUAAAUCGAGGUUUACCAAA